AUGAUAAUCCAGUCAAGAAACGUCAAAACACUACUAGAUACACUCCUAAAACCUGUUGAGAUCGAACCAAUUUCCUUCACGACAAACCCUUUACAAUCCUCGGUUUUACUAGCGAGCACCAAUGGCUCAGUAAUUUCAUUCUCAAACAGCUCCUCGGUCAAUGGUGACAGCCACUCUGUGAAUAACCUUAAGAUGAUGAGCCUACUGAUCAGAGAUAAGUGGUCAGAGGAUCAGGCACAAACGGAUGAUCGUCCUGCUAGUAAUCGUUACAAGUACGAAUUGGACAAUACAGGUCUAAACACAAACAUCUACACCUACGAGAUAGAAGAUCUACAUGCGUGUGUGGCCCAAAUACCGCAGAGCGACCUGCUCCUCCUUUUCAUCGCAGACGCAAGCUACCCAUACGGACUGCUCGUGCUUAAGAUGAAGAAAUCGCUGCUGGCUUUUCAAGAUAUGUAUGGAUACAAGCUGGACUAG